CUAGUAACUAACAUCAAGGAAAUCGGCUCAAAAACAGAGUGCCUCACAUCGACAAAUGGCAGCCUUCGAAGGUUCAGAUGCUUUAUCCGCGGUUAACAGAUGUAGAAGGAAGCGCCUCGUAUCGAAGACGCACAAAUUUUGAGAGAAGAUUUGAAUCAGUCUAGGCACAAUAACAACAUAAUUUAGUGGCCUUCCACGUGUAAUCCAGAGGAAAGUUAUCAUUCUGUCCCUUGCCGUAAGGAGCAACUUACAAUAAUGGAAGACGAAACGGAGGAAAGACCCACGAAAACUAUGAAUUUAUUCUCCGCGAACUCCGAGACAGAUACAUCGCGAGAAAAGCCAAUGACGAUUUUUGCUUUCUUUGUUUUCGGCUUCUUGAUCUACGCGACCUACUCACUAAUAAUUUCAGGCGCUCAAGAUAUUCUGACCGGAACGUUUGUGCCAACAUCAGCCGUACUAGUUGCCAAUGUCGGACCGUAUUUUAUCAUAACUGUUGUAGCACCAUAUUUCAUCCAAAAGAUCGCUUAUUUCCCGCGCAUACUGGCCAUAUUUUUUCUCAUGGUGACUGGACUUACAAUGGUAGUUGCCGCUAAACGGGUUGGGGUGAGGUUGUUGGGAAUUUCUCUCUCCUCGUUUGGAUUUGGUUUGGGGGAAUUAUCUUUCAUUGCCAUGACGUCGUUCUACCAUGAUACAGCUGUUUGCGCCUUCUCAGCCGGUACGGGAACUGGUAUAUCAAUGGCACCACUUUAUUACACAGCUAUGACAACGUGGGCUUGCAUUUCUCCUUCUGUGACCAUCUCCAUCAUGGCCGUCAGUUUGGUUUUCUUGCUGAUUUUCUACGCUCUGAUGGAGAGAAAGCAUGCUCAGGAAGGACAAGGUGCGGCGAAGGGAAUCACACAUAAAGACAUUCAAUAUUCACCAAUUGAUGAAGAAGAUCAAGACACAGAGCCCAGUGAUGAUCUUUUAACAUGGAAGGAAAAAUGCUCAGCCAUCAAAAGAGUUUGGCUGAUUAUCGCUUCCAUAAUCAGCGCGUGGAUUGCUGAAUACUUGAUAAUUCAAUCGGUUAUUACAACUAUAGCGUUUCCGAGCGCUCCUUUUCCUCCUCGAGACCAUUAUCAGUAUUACAUCUUCGUCUUUCUCUUCGGAGAACUGUUCGGUAGAUCGUACUUAAUCGUUCUCUCCUAUAUUCUGCCGAACUUGGCCCGAAAGCUUACGGUGCGUAGGAUAUGGUUCCUCUCAGCGGCGGAGAUUUCUCUCUUAGUUUUCUUUUUGCUUGCAGCCUGGUACCGCUUUUUGACUGGUGUUACGAUAGUGUUAAUUCUCUCCUUCAUCGGCGGUAUCAUUAUCGGUAUCAUGUAUGUGAACAUGUUAUCGGUUUAUUCCGAGAUUGAAGAUCCGAGAGCCAGAGAGUUUGUCCUCGGUUACGCUUCGGCUGCCACCGGCGCUGGUGCGAUCACCGCUGGCUUGCUAGGAUUAUUAAUAGAGCCAUGGCUGCGUAGUCAUUGUUUAACAGUUGCUGUUAACGGCAGCUUUUGCUUCACUCGGUUGCAAGGUGGUAGAGUUUGUAAAUGAAGAGAUUUCACCACUACAUCAAGAAAAAAAAAUUCUUGGAGAGGGGGGGGGGGAGGGGUGCUCUUCUCUCGGGAUAGUACCAGAUUUAAGGAUAAAUUCUCCUAGUUCACUCAGUUCCCGGGUCUAGAAAGGAUCGUCCUCUCUUGUUCGAGUAUAGAAAAUUUCCAUAGACUUAAGGAAUAUACCAAAAUUUUAAUGCUGUUCCUUUCUUGUACCGUGAAAAUGAAGAGACCUGAGUUUACAAAAAAGCUAUAGGUGUAUGAUUUUGCAUUUGUCUGUGUGUUUAUCAUAUAAAUACAGCCAAGUGCCUCUGAAUUACGAAAGGCAUAUUAGGGCUCAGUAGGGUUUGAUCUUGCUUGGUACGAGGAAAGGUAGAGGACACUGUAAGUAACAAUGAUUUACUGAUCGAACAAAUAAACAUCUUA